GCGCGCUGCCGCCGGCGCGUCCCCCGCGCGCGCUCCGCGUCACCGCUCUCGGGCCUGGCGCGCGGCGGCCGCGGCCGGACGGACGCUCGGACCCGGCCGGACGCACGGACGCGGCUCCGCUGCCCUCCCUUCUCCCGCCCGUUGGCUCCGGGGCCUCCCGGCGAGCCGGCCCGAGCGCGGCGGCGGCGGCGGCGGGUUCGUUUUUGUGUGCGGGGGGGGCGCGCGGCCUGGUGCGCGCGGCGGAUCCCGCCGCUCGCGUAGCGCGGCCGCCCGGGCUCGCCGAGGGGGAGGCCCGGGGUUGGGGCGGGUGGUGGUGGCGGAGCGCGGGGGGGAGCCAAGGCUCCCGGCCAGAGGAAACGCCGCCGCCAUGAGCGUGGAGGCGUACGGCCCCAGCUCGCAGACCCUCACCUUCCUGGACACCGAGGAGGCCGAGCUGCUCGGCGCCGACACGCAGGGCUCCGAGUUCGAGUUCACCGACUUCACCCUCCCCAGCCAGACCCAGACCCCGCCCGGGCCCGGCCAGGCGGGGCCGGCGCAGGGCCAGGGGCCCCCCGGCGCGGGGCAGGGAGCUCCGGGCCCGCUGGAAGCGCAGGUGAACGGUCCCGAUGGGAUCCUGCAGAACGGAGCCGUGGAUGAGAACGUGGCCAAGACCAGCCAGCUCCUGGCAGAGCUCAACUUCGAGGAGGACGAGGAGGACACCUACUACACCAAGGAUCUGCCUGUGCACGCCUGCAGCUACUGCGGCAUCCACGACCCUGCCUGCGUGGUUUACUGCAACACCAGCAAGAAAUGGUUCUGCAACGGCCGUGGAAACACCUCUGGCAGCCACAUUGUGAACCACCUGGUGAGAGCCAAGUGCAAGGAGGUGACCCUGCACAAGGACGGGCCCCUGGGAGAGACCGUGCUGGAGUGCUACAACUGCGGCUGCCGCAACGUCUUCCUGCUGGGCUUCAUCCCGGCCAAGGCUGACUCCGUGGUGGUUCUGCUGUGCAGGCAGCCGUGUGCCAGCCAGAGCAGCCUGAAGGACAUCAACUGGGACAGUUCCCAGUGGCAGCCCCUGAUCCAGGACCGCUGCUUCCUCUCGUGGCUGGUGAAGAUCCCCUCGGAGCAGGAGCAGCUCCGCGCCCGCCAGAUCACGGCCCAGCAGAUCAACAAACUGGAGGAGCUCUGGAAGGAAAAUCCAUCUGCAACCCUGGAGGACUUGGAGAAACCUGGUGUUGAUGAGGAACCCCAGCAUGUCCUGCUUAGAUAUGAAGAUGCUUAUCAAUACCAGAAUAUAUUUGGUCCUCUGGUCAAGCUUGAGGCAGAUUAUGAUAAGAAACUCAAGGAAUCUCAGACCCAAGAUAACAUCACAGUCAGGUGGGACCUGGGCUUGAACAAGAAGAGAAUUGCUUAUUUCACUUUGCCAAAGACCGAUUCAGACAUGCGCCUCAUGCAAGGAGAUGAGAUCUGCCUGAGGUACAAGGGAGACCUGGCCCCCCUCUGGAAAGGAAUUGGGCACGUGAUCAAAGUUCCUGAUAGUUCUACAGAUUAUGGUGAUGAGAUAGCCAUCGAGCUGAGGAGCAGCGUGGGAGCUCCCGUGGAGGUCACUCACAACUUCCAGGUGGAUUUUGUGUGGAAAUCCACUUCCUUUGACAGGAUGCAGAGUGCUCUGAAGACGUUUGCGGUGGACGAGACCUCAGUGUCUGGGUACAUUUACCACAAACUGCUGGGCCACGAGGUGGAGGAUGUCAUCAUCAAAUGCCAGCUGCCAAAACGCUUCACAGCCCAGGGGCUCCCUGAUCUCAACCACUCUCAGGUUUAUGCUGUCAAGACCGUCCUGCAGCGUCCUCUGAGCCUUAUCCAGGGUCCCCCUGGCACUGGGAAAACAGUGACAUCAGCCACCAUCGUGUAUCACCUGGCCAGGCAGGGCAAUGGGCCUGUGCUGGUGUGUGCCCCCAGCAACAUCGCUGUGGAUCAGCUGACGGAGAAGAUCCACCAGACUGGCCUCAAGGUGGUUCGUCUGUGUGCCAAGAGCCGCGAGGCCAUCGACUCCCCCGUGUCCUUCCUGGCCCUGCACAACCAGAUCAGGAACAUGGACAGCAUGCCGGAGCUCCAGAAGCUGCAGCAGCUCAAGGAUGAGACUGGAGAGCUUUCCUCUGCUGAUGAGAAGCGUUACCGGGCGCUGAAGCGCACGGCGGAGCGGGAGCUGCUCAUGAACGCCGACGUGAUCUGCUGCACGUGUGUGGGAGCUGGAGAUCCCCGGCUGGCCAAGAUGCAGUUCCGCUCCAUCCUCAUCGACGAGAGCACGCAGGCCACAGAGCCGGAGUGCAUGGUGCCCGUGGUGCUGGGGGCCAAGCAGCUGAUCCUGGUGGGUGACCACUGCCAGCUGGGGCCUGUGGUGAUGUGCAAGAAGGCGGCCAAGGCCGGGCUGUCGCAGUCGCUGUUCGAGAGGCUGGUGGUGCUGGGCAUCCGGCCCAUCCGGCUGCAGGUGCAGUACCGCAUGCACCCCGCGCUCAGCGCCUUCCCCUCCAACAUCUUCUACGAGGGCUCCCUGCAGAACGGGGUCACUGCAGCUGACAGGGUGAAGAAAGGCUUUGAUUUCCAGUGGCCCCAGCCUGACAAGCCCAUGUUCUUCUACGUGACCCAGGGCCAGGAGGAGAUUGCCAGCUCAGGCACCUCGUACCUGAACAGGACCGAGGCUGCCAACGUGGAGAAGAUCACCACGAAGCUGCUCAAGGCUGGGGCCAAGCCGGACCAGAUUGGCAUCAUCACCCCCUACGAGGGGCAGCGUUCCUACCUGGUGCAGUACAUGCAGUUCAGUGGCUCCCUGCACACCAAGCUCUACCAGGAAGUGGAAAUUGCGAGCGUGGACGCCUUCCAGGGCAGGGAGAAGGAUUUCAUCAUCCUGUCCUGCGUGAGGGCCAACGAGCACCAGGGCAUCGGCUUCCUCAACGACCCCAGGAGGCUCAACGUGGCCCUGACGAGAGCCAGGUACGGGGUGAUCAUUGUGGGGAACCCCAAGGCGCUGUCCAAGCAGCCCCUCUGGAAUCACCUCCUGAAUUACUACAAGGAGCAGAAGGUGCUGGUGGAGGGGCCCCUGAACAACCUGCGCGAGAGCCUCAUGCAGUUCAGCAAACCCCGCAAGCUCGUCAACACCAUCAACCCUGGUGCCCGUUUCAUGACCACUGCCAUGUAUGAUGCACGGGAGGCCAUCAUCCCUGGCUCUGUCUACGACCGCAGCAGCCAAGGGCGUCCAUCCAACAUGUACUUCCAGACCCACGACCAGAUCGGGAUGAUCAGUGCUGGCCCCAGCCACGUCACUGCCAUGAACAUUCCCAUCCCCUUCAACCUCGUCAUGCCCCCGAUGCCACCCCCGGGCUACUUCGGCCAGGCCAACGGCCCCGCUGCAGGCCGCGGUGCUCCCAAAGGGAAGACGGGCCGCGGCGGGCGGCAGAAGAACCGAUUUGGGAUUCCUGGCACGAGCCAGUCCAACCUCCCCAACAGCCAGGCCAGCCAGGACGUGGUGUCCCAGCCCUUCUCGCAGGGCCCCCUGACCCAGGGCUACAUCUCCAUGAGCCAGCCCUCCCAGAUGAGCCAGCCUGGGCUCUCCCAGCCGGAAUUAUCCCAGGACAGUUACCUUGGUGAUGAGUUUAAAUCCCAGAUUGACGUGGCGCUGUCACAGGACUCAACUUACCAGGGGGAACGAGCAUAUCAACAUGGUGGAGUGACGGGACUGUCACAGUAUUAGAGUGUUGAGGAAGAAGAGCUAAGCUUGUGUGGAGCUUAGUUCAUCAGCAUUUUAUUCUGGGUAAUAAAAAAAAUAAAAUAAAAUGGAUACCUGUUUUCCACUGCUAAAACUGAAGCACCACUGCGUGAGAGCAACAGGAGAAAGAAACCAACCAACGGAGAGGAGAGAGAGAGAGAGAGGAGCGCGCGAGAGAGCCACUGCUGGAGCUCACUGAGACAAGGAGAUGCGAGAGGAGACGGAGCCCUGAGGACUGGCUGCGCCCGCGGGAGGGACUCACCCAGGAGGGCUCAGCCGAGCCCCUGCUCCCCCAGUCACCCCGCUCCGGAGAAGGGCCUUAACGCAGGUUUCACUUCAUUCCAUACUUCUCUUCGCGAGCAGGGCGCGGACUUUUCAGAGCGGAUGGGGAGAGGAAAACCCUCAUCUCAGAGUUGGGCUCGUUCCGUGAGGGGCACUAAAAGUGUUUUAGCGGGAACUGGUUACGUUUUAGAAGCAGAGUAUCUGAGAGAAGGGGGGAAAAAAAAAGAGAGAGAGAAAGUCCCUGCCUGGGUGACGGCCAGCCGAGCAGAAAUCCAGCUGCUGCUCAACUCUGAGGUGCAGGUUUUGUUGUCCAACACUGGCUCUGAAAUUUGUUGUCAUCGUGUCGCCCACAUUCUGAACGAGGUGGUUUUAAAGAGAUUCUUUCAAAAAGAGCACUGAAUUUUUUAAGAAGUUUUGUCUCUGAAUUCUUAGUGGUGGACCUGGGAGAUUUAGAUCCUUGUUCUGAGAAGCUUAUAUUACAAAAAAAAAACCUUAAAAAAAAAACCAAAAAAAAAUGUUUCAAACAAAAAUUAGAGCACCAUCCUUGAGAACUUUCAGUGUGAUUUCAAGUUGCAGCAAUCAGCCUCUUCUUCCUACAUGGGAUAGGUUUAGAGUGAGAGGAGCCUGCGUGCUCGAGCAGGAGGGUUUCAAAGUGUUUUCUGUAUGCUUUAAUUGGCAACUGUCUGGACUCUACUCUGUGAAAAACAGCCUUUCUGUAAGAUGAACUUUAUGCUUGAAAGGGGACGGGUUCCUGUGCCCUUCGGCCCUGGAGGGAAGGUGCAGCCAGGCCUGCUUUGGUCCCCGCAGCUCUGGGGGAGGACUAGUGGAAAUUGGGGAUUAUUUAGGAUGGAAGGAAAGGCUCCACGCCACUGCAGGAGCAGGAUGGACAAACGGACAAAGCAGGCAGGUGGUGGAAGGUGGUGGCCUCUGAGAGACAGAGCUGGGUUUAAUUUGGGAGGACGGGUCAGGCUCUGGGGUGGUGAAGGCAGGAGAGGGACAGAGGGAGGUGUUGAAGCCAAGUUUCCAGGGGGAGAGAGUCUGAGCAGACUUUGCUUUGCGGGAGCAGAGCUCUCAGCCCAGCUGGGGAUCGGGGCUGCGAGGAGCCCACGCGGAGGAGCCGUGUCUGAAACACUCACGGGGACACUCGGGAGCUUUUCAUUUCUGUCCAAACCUUUUGUAGGAACAGUGCAGAGAGAGAAUCGAUUCCUCCAGCCCCAUUCUUAGCAGAUCCUGAAUUAGGGUAACCUCUACCUCCCAACUGGCCAGCAGAGAUGGAUCCAGAGCCUGGCUGCUCCCAGGCUGCAGUCAAGCUUUACACUCAAAGGGCUCCAAGUGUUUCUGGUCCUUUAUUUUGGGGGGAAAACUCAAAAUACCUCUCAUCUGAAUGUACUUCAAACAGCUCCAAGCCCGUUUUGUAGCCGGGGAGGGGGGAAGCCCUUUCAUUCCUGUCCUUCCUGGAGAUCCCUGCCCUGGAUUUGCUGGAUCUGCCCCAGAGCAGCCCUGGUGUGGAGCACCCCAGCCCGGGAGGGACGAGCUCCCCAGCCCGGGGGGAGCUGCACAAACUGCAAAAGCCACAACCAACUCAACUCACAAAACCCAUUCUUUUCUCAUCCAAAGCCUCCAGAGUUUAGAUUCUAAAACAGUGAAAGAAUGGAGACACAGGCCACCUUCCUUCCUCGUGAGAUGGACUUGUUUUAUUUAUUAACAUUGCCGAAGGGCUUUUUAAUUUUUUUUCCUUGGUAGGCUGCGUAGUGGCGUAGACUUUUCGGGUAGGUUUAAGCUGAACCCCUCUGUGCAAAGCUAUCCAUGAGUAAUGUAGCCCCCUCCUCUCCCCUCACCCUUUAUUUCACUGCUGGGAAUGCUUGCCUCUGCUUCGUGCUGGUUUUUUCCUUUGUAGCAGUUCAAACUCUUUUGAGUUUUACAAAUCCAGACAUCAGUGCUAGCACGGUGUUAAAACUCUUCUUUUUUUUAAUUAAUUAAAUUUUUUUUGUCUCAGUUUUGUUUUAAAACCUGUUUGUCAUCAAUAAAAUAAAAUAAUAAAAAUGAAUAAACAGCUCUUGCAUUCGAGGUGGCCCCUAAGUUUCAAUGAGGAAACCAUGCAACGUUCAUUAAAGCUUUAGCCUGAUUGUA